GAAUGUGGGCUAACUUCCGUUACAUUAUUAAGUGUCAAAUUAAGUGUAGGAUAUCAGGCGGUUUACAAUCGCUCUAUAUUUUUUGGACGUCAUUUAAUGGUUCUUCUUCUUGUUUUAAAUAAUGCCUACGUAGCAUUCCCAUAUUUAGGUUUUUCAUUCCCAACUAUAGGAACGAAAAUGCAUUCCCAAAAAUGGCAGGCUUGGCCAUAGUUCCGCCUACUGCUAUUGGACCAAUCUCAUACCACCACACACCAUGGUGAGUGACACCAACCCAGACCCUACGCUCUACAUGGACUACAAUGCCACCACUCCGUUGGCGGCCGAGGUGAAGGCUGACAUCGCCGACUCGCUGCACCGGCACUGGGCCAACCCGAGCUCGACCCACCCACCAGGCCGGAGCGCGCGCCGCGUGCUGGAGGAAGCACGCAGUCACGUGGCUGCGGCCAUUGGCGCCCAGCCAGAGCACGUUAUCUUCACCUCCGGGGGCACUGAGGCGAACAAUAUGGUGGUCCGCGGUUCUCUCGAGUUUUACCGGGCGACCGGCCGCCGGGGCACACCGCACCUCAUCAUCUCUGACACGGAGCACGACGCCGUCGAGGCGCCGGUCGCCGACCUGCAGCGGCGGCGACUCUGCUCUGUGACCCGGCUGCCGUGCCGCGCGGGGGGCCGGGUGAGCGUGUCGGAACUGCGCGCGGCUCUCUCCCCCGAUACCUGCCUCGUCUCGGUGAUGCACGCCAACAAUGAGACUGGGGUGGUCAACGACAUCGAGGCGAUCGGACGCGCUCUGUCCGAGUCCCCGCACCGCCAGCACAUCUGGCUCCACACGGACUCGGCUCAGACGGUCGGCAAACUGCCCGUGGACGUCUGUCGGCUCGGUGUCGAUUUCCUCACUGUCGUCGGCCAUAAGCUGUACGGACCGCGUAUCGCCGCGCUGUGGGCCUCUGCCCUGGGUCUGACGCGCGGCGCGGACGGUAGUGCGUGUAUCACGCUGCUGCGCGGCGGCGGUCAGGAGGGCGGUGUGCGGCCGGGAACGGAGAUCACCCCGCUGGUGCGCGGACUGGGCACCGCCUGUCGGCUGGUGCAGCAGGGUCUGGAGAGGGACCGACAGCACAUGGAGCGACUCAGAGAUCUGCUGGAGCGGCGGCUUCUGGAGACUGGCGUGGCCGAGAGUAUCAACCUGCGCGACUCGCCCCGACUGCCCAACACGUGCAGCGCGGUCCUCUCGAGCCGCCGCUCUGGCAGGGAGGUUCUGCUCCGGUGCCGGCGCCUGCUGGCCAGCGUGGGUUCCGCCUGCCACGAGACGCCCGCGGCGCCGGCCGGAGACCGUGAUACAGCUACUACAGUGGUGACUGGGGCGAGAGAACCACGUACGGAAACACCGGAGACAUCAGGUGAUGUGGGAGAUGAGGGCGUCUCGGCGGCGCCCGGCCUCUGCGGGGCGCCGGACGGGGCGCGGGGUGUCGGCGGUCUCAGCGGGGUGCUGCUCCGGAGUGGCGUCUCUCCAAAGGACGCCCGGAGAACGGUGCGGCUCAGUCUGGGCCGGGCUACCAGCGAACAGGACGUGCUGGACGUGGUGGAGGACCUGAGACAGGCGCUGCGGGAGGCGGGGGAGGAACAGGAGGACGCGGCGUAGGUCAGUGAAGCGGGGAGGAACGACGGGCUGGGUCAACGAAUCUGAUAACGAUAUACGUGUAGUUCGUGAACGACAUAACGAUGUCAUGGAGCGUAAUAUUAAAUGAUGAAGCAUUUUACGGUAUCCAUAUGUUAAUACGCUUACUGGGGCCGUGGUUGGGACCGAUGCGAGCUUAAUACGCAAUCAAUCAUGUUAUUUUAUCUGUGCAUGUUUAUUGAUAAUGGUUGCACAAUAUUUUUCAUGUUAUCUGGAACGUAACAUGUAACAUCUUAUCAGGUUUUGCAGGGACUACAGGGCUUCUGCGUAAUAUUUUCACUAAAUGACGAUUAUGCCUAUCUGCCGUGGAUCGUAAAAUCUCCUGUGAUCUGCCGAGUGUGUAGUGAUGUACGUAAUAUUUUACAUCCGGACGCCGUUUUCGGCUCAAGUCCGACGUGCUAUCAAAUUUAGGAGCAUGUCAAGCCUCAUAUCGACACCUUUUUUUCAACCCCACAUUUGUUCUCCGGUGAAUUUCAGACAAGUUGGUUUAGAGACCUUAAAAAAAGGUACAAUCACUCGAUUUUUCUCAAGUUUGUCUGUCUUGGCAGAUAAAGCAAUACCAGAACAGGCCUACGAACACACAUAUUUGAUCAGGAUCGGACGAUUGGACACUUUUAAAAGGAGAUCUUUCGUGCCUCCCGGAAAUUCACGGGAGAGCAGAUGUGGGGUUUAAAAAAAAAAAGGUGUCGAUACAAUAGUAGAUCUGCUUGUAUAAUCUCGAGCCAUGCAUGAUUUUUUAGCUUUUAUCGCUCGAGUAACGUACUUUUAGUCCAUAUUGGUGAUGCUAUUUCGACAUCACAUGUUUUGAUAUCAAAUUUUUCUCAGGAUUUUAUAAAUUGGUGUCUUGCGCCAAAUUUUUGGUAAGUACCUAUGUGUGUCGUCAUAAAUCAAUACAAGUGUUAAUCGCAA